ACGCAGCGUCCGUUGGCAGACAGUGGUCUUUCGACUCCGUGACAUAAUUCAGCCUGCCGCUCUCUUGGGGACAGUUGUCUCUCGCGCAUAGGUGCAUCACCACACAGAAAAGGAUUUUGUUCUCCCGGAAUUUGGAAUUUUAUAAGAGGGUACUGUGAAGAAGUGCCGACUGCUUGUCAAUAACCACCAACAGUGGACUGUAAUACCGAGUUGCCGGUGUAUGUGUGGAAGGGAUAUUUCAGACGGACAGAAGAUGCCUGCCGAUAUGAUGGAAAAAAACUCAUCCUCUCCGGUUGCUGCUACCCCAGCCAGCAUGAACACGACACCCGAUAAACCCAAGACGGCUUCCGAGCACAGGAAGUCAUCCAAACCUAUCAUGGAGAAAAGGAGAAGAGCCAGAAUCAACGAAAGCUUGGGACAGUUGAAAACACUUAUCCUGGACGCGCUCAAAAAAGAUAGCUCUAGACACUCAAAACUUGAAAAGGCAGACAUCCUGGAGAUGACGGUGAAACAUCUCCGGAACCUCCAGAGAGCGCAAAUGACUGCUGCUUUGAACACGGAUCCCACCGUGCUGGGGAAAUACAGAGCCGGAUUCAACGAGUGCACGAAUGAAGUCACCCGGUUCCUAUCCACCUGCGAGGGGGUAAACACCGAGGUCAGAACGCGGCUUCUCGGACACUUGGCCAGUUGCAUGACGCAGAUCAACGCUAUGAACUACCCCACACAGCACCAGAUUUCAGCCGGGCCUCCCCACCCCUCCUUCGGCCAGUCCAUGGUACAGAUGCCCAACUCAUCUCCGCAAGGCAACGUGAUGCCCCUGCCUUGUAAAGGUGGCUCUCCCCAGAGCAUGUCACCAGAAGCCACUAAAGUAUACGGCGGUUUCCAGCUCGUACCUGCCUCAGACGGACAAUUCGCCUUCCUCAUCCCCAACGCAGCUUUUGCACCCAACGGUCCGGUUAUCCCCGUGUAUGCGAACCAGGUCAACACGCCUGUUCCAGCGGCGGUGUCCCCCGGUGCACCAACAGGCAACUCGGACUCAGUGUGGCGACCCUGGUAGAGCAAAAAAAAAGGACAUAUUGAAAAUAAUUUUCUAAUGACACUCAGUUCGAUCAUUGUUCAAUGUUACAAAACAUUUGUUUUGAUUUCGUUUUUGUACUUUCAAUGCGUUAAGAUGAAAAGAUGCACUAUAUUUGUAUAGUUUAUGAGGGAGUGAAGUUCAUAUUGGAAAGAGAUUUGUAUCGUUGAAGUCUUUUCACUGCAUUUUAUAUUCGAGGUGUCUUUUUUUACUGUGUGAUGCCAAAGAUAUGUUGAAUGCCCUUGACGUAAUUCUUCGUUUUUACGACAUACGUCGUAUUUACGUAAUUCUUCGUUCUGGAAGACAAAUAAAUGUGUAAAGAUA